CGGUGAAGCGGCUCUGCAGGGAUAACCUUGGUGCUGGGUAGCUGCCGGCUUAUUUCCCACUGACGCCUGAGAGGGAAAGGAGCGAGUUGUGAGGACACUCCCAGCACAGAUAACCAUGUCGAAGUCUCCUGUAUGUGAUGCCGGAAGCGCCUUCAUCCAGACACAGCAGCUGCAUGCAGCAAUGGCGGACACCUUCCUUGAACACAUGUGCCGCCUGGACAUCGACUCCGAACCCAUAGUGGCACGCAACACAGGCAUUAUCUGCACUAUUGGGCCAGCAUCCCGCUCAGUGGAAAUCCUAAAAGAGAUGAUAAAAUCUGGAAUGAACGUUGCUCGUAUGAACUUUUCCCAUGGGACCCACGAGUACCAUGCUGAAACCAUCAAAAAUGUCCGUGAAGCCACAGAAAGUGUUGCCUCUGACCCAAUCCUCUACAGACCCGUGGCUGUUGCAUUGGACACCAAGGGACCAGAAAUCCGCACAGGUCUUAUCAAAGGCAGUGGUACAGCUGAGGUGGAACUGAAAAAAGGUGCAACCCUGAAGGUGACCCUGGAUGAUUCUUUCCAGGAAAACUGUGACGACAAAGUUCUUUGGGUUGAUUACAAGAACCUUACCAAGGUGUUAGUGGCUGGAAACAAGAUCUAUGUAGAUGAUGGUCUCAUUUCUCUUCUGGUUAAAGAAGUUGGCUCAAACUACGUUAUCACAGAGGUGGAGAAUGGUGGAUCCCUGGGCAGCAAGAAGGGAGUAAACCUUCCAGGGGCUGCUGUAGACCUGCCUGCUGUGUCUACGAAAGACGUUCAGGAUCUUCAAUUUGGAGUAGCACAGGGAGUUGACAUGGUGUUUGCCUCCUUCAUUCGCAAGGCAGCUGAUGUGCAUGCUGUAAGAGAAGUUCUCGGGGAGAAAGGAAAGAAUAUCAAAAUUAUCAGCAAGAUUGAGAACCACGAAGGCGUGCGCAGAUUUGAUGAAAUUCUAGAAGCAAGUGAUGGUAUUAUGGUGGCCCGUGGUGACCUUGGUAUUGAAAUCCCAGCAGAAAAAGUUUUCCUUGCCCAAAAGAUGAUGAUUGGCCGUUGUAACCGUGCAGGGAAGCCUAUUAUAUGUGCAACACAGAUGUUGGAGAGCAUGAUCAAAAAGCCACGCCCAACCCGUGCUGAAGGCAGUGAUGUUGCCAAUGCAGUACUAGAUGGGGCAGAUUGUAUAAUGCUUUCUGGGGAGACUGCCAAGGGAGAUUACCCACUAGAGGCAGUACGCAUGCAGCAUGCUAUUGCUCUGGAGGCCGAGGCUGCUGUUUUCCACCGCCAACUCUUCGAGGAACUUUGCCGUCUCACGGUUAGCUCCAGGCAUCCUGCGGAAGCGAUGGCUGUAGGCGCAGUGGAGGCAUCUUUUAAAUGUUUAGCGCGGGCGCUAAUAGUUCUGACAGAGUCCGGCAGAUCUGCACACCUGGUAUCCAGGUAUAGGCCACGUGCUCCAAUCAUAGCCGUGACUCGUAAUGGACAGACAGCCCGUCAGGCACAUCUCUACCGUGGCAUCUUCCCUGUACUGUACAAAGAGCCAGUGCAUCAGGCCUGGGCAGAGGAUGUGGACCGCAGGGUGAACUUCGCCAUGGAUAUUGGUAAAGCCCGUGGUUUCUUCAAGACUGGCGAUUGUGUCAUCGUUCUUACUGGCUGGCAGCCAGGAUCCGGUUUCACCAACACUAUGCGUGUGGUACCAGUUCCUUAAACUUGAUCAUCUUCCUGCAGCUCUUGUUCACCCCACUCCUUUAUCUGCACUUAGAACGGUUUUGCCCUUUGCAUAAGCACACACUUGUGGAUACGCUUGUAAAUCACAUCUUCAAUGUGCGGGACAGAGGCGUUAAGUGUGUGUGUACGUACAUAGCACUGUUCUGCUGCUCAUCACACUCCCUCUAGUAUAGCCAUUAGUCUCCCAUAUGUGCUGCUUACGCCUUAGGGAAACAUUUUGGUGCUGCUGUAUGUGUUCACACUCCUCUCCUACUGUCCCUCAACAGUGUUCAGUAUGAGUAUCCUUUGUGUCUUCUCUGGGCAGCUGUGUAGCUUGUGGUUAGGGGAAGGUUCAUCUCCCGCUGUAUAAUCCACCUAUCAGCAUUGCAUUGUGCAGAGUUUAGUGUUUAAUAAAAUCAUGAUACUGAGCA